AUGGACGACAUAGCCGUCGUCGGCAUCGGCCUUCGCUUCCCGGGUGACGCUUCCUCGCCCGAGGAACUCUGGAGAGUCCUCGAGCGAGGCGAGUCCCAGUGGUCCGAGUUUCCCAAGAAUCGCCUCAACAUCGACGGCUACUAUCAUCCCGGCGGUGACCGUCAGGGCAGCAUCUCCUUCCGCGGUGCCCACUUUCUGAAAGGUGAUUUUGCCGCUUUUGAUGCCUCAUUCUUCUCCGUCGCUGCCGAAGAUGCCAAAGCGAUCGACCCCCAACAGAGAAUUCUCCUCGAAGCCUCCUACGAAGCGCUAGAAAAUGCUGGAAUCAGAAAGGAAGACAUUGACGGAAGCGACACGGCUGUCUACGUCGGCUCAUUUGUCAAAGACUAUGAGCAGGUCUGCCUACGAGAUCCAGACUGGCAGCCUCAGUAUGCUGCUACUGGAAAUGGCAUCGCCAUCAUGGCAAACCGUAUCUCAUACUAUUUCAACUUGCACGGGCCCAGCAUGACCAUCGACACUGGCUGUUCCGGCAGUCUGGUGUCUGUACACCUUGCUGCGCAGAGUCUCCGAUCUAGGGAGUCUUCACUGGCUAUCGCUGCUGGUGCCGGCAUGAUCCUCACCCCAAACACCAUGAUGCCUAUGACGGCACUAAACUUCCUCAGCCCCGAUGGAAAGUGUUUCACGUUCGACGCCCGAGCGAACGGUUAUGGGAGAGGCGAAGGUAUCGGCGUUGUAGUUCUUAAGCGUCUUCAGGAUGCUAUAAGGGACAACGACACUAUUCGAGCUGUCAUACGGGCCACCAGGGUCAAUCAAGACGGUCACACUACAGGCAUCACCCUCCCCAGCAAGGAGGCUCAGGUUGAAAACAUCACCUCAAUCUAUGAGUCUGCCGGCCUCGACUUCAAUCAGACUGCCUACGUCGAAUGUCAUGGCACAGGGACGCAGGCUGGAGAUCAGGGCUGCCAGAGCGGUUACCCUAGAACUGCCGGAUCAUCUAUAUGCUCCGACUCCGGAGAAGCUCACAGGAUCACCGAGACCUUCGAACCGGGCUCAUCUGACGAUUCGUCGGUCCUCGAUCUUCAAAGAAGCGCAUCCAAGAAACGGCCAGCUCCUUCUUCCUUCAUUCUUCCCCGAGCGAAGAUGGCGCGGAUCAGAGAGCUCUCAGUUGGCUAUAUUGUUGAUUCUAAUCUCCCCUUUACUACCUUCGAGAGUACCUACCUACAAGAGCUAUUCCGUCAGCUAGACCCUGAUCUUUAUACCCAGGUGCCCUGGGGUCGAACUGCAGCUAAGAAAGACCUAGAGGAUAUACUCUCUUUAAAGAAAGCGGCCGUCAAGGAGGAACUCGACAAGGCUAUUACCCAGGUACAUAUCAGCUUCGAUCUCUGGACCUCUCCAAACAGACUAGCUUUCAUUUCGAUCUUUGGUCACUAUAUUGACCAGAGCAACUUAUACCAAAGCCGGCUGCUGGCUUUCAGGAGGCAGAUCGGGUCUCACGCCGGCGAGAAUAUCGCCUACACUAUAAGGAAUGUCGUCCGUGAUUGGGGGAUCGAUUCGAAGCUUGGGGUCUCGAUCUGUGAUAAUGCGACCAGCAACGAUCUUUCCUCUAUGGCGAUGAUGCAGCUUCUUUUCGAACUUCAAUCUGAGGCUUAUGGCAUGCUGGAGCGGGUUGAAGAAGACCUCGAACACUGGCGAGCUAAGGGUCCAGUUGGGAAGCUUCAUAAUAUCGUCAGGUUCAUCCGAGCCUCUCCGCAACGCACCGAAGCAUUCAAAGCACAUGCCAAGGAGCAGGAGGAGGCGGACAUAUACAAGCUUGCAGAAGAAUCAACGGCCGAGCUUGAAGUCAUACAGAACAACGCUACGAGAUGGAAUUCGACCUAUAUGAUGAUCGAACGCGCCUUGAUCAAGCAGUCUGAGCUCAAUAGCUUCAUUCAAGAGCUAGGGCUGGAAGCAGACGCCUCAAGAAGGGUUCCUACAGCUGACAUCCUGACCUCUGAUGACUGGAAGGUCCUCAGGGAGUCGGACAAACCCGAGAGCGACCCUCACGCCAGCAACGACUACCAUCACGACUUCAGGGUAUGGAGGGCCAAGAGCGUGCAGAAUAUUAGGGCAAGCAUCAAUAAUGCUUGGAUUAAGCUUAACGAGUACUACACUCUCCUCGGGCGAUCGCCUCUGUUUGCGGCCUCUGUUGUUCUAAAUCCGGACCUUGGCCUCCGGUGGCUUGAGACUAACUGGACCUCCCCGGAGCAGCUACAAUGGCUUCGGGAUGCAAAGGAUGGCAUCAAAGGCUACUUUGAGCGUUGGUACUCAAACGACGAUGAUGCCUCUGAGGAGAGUAUUUUCGCCACGCCCUCCCCUGCUGGAGAUUGGCGAGAGCUCAAGGCCAUUUCCGAGUCGCUGGCCUCUAUACGAACCGUCAGUAACCCCAUUAUCGUCGGCUCCGUCAAGCCAAAUAUCGGCCAUCUUGAAGGCGCUGCUGGCGUCGCCGGACUGAUCAAGGGUGUCCUUACCUUGGAACAUGGGAAGAUUCCUCCUAAUAUCAAUUUUAAGAAUGGCAAUCCCAACAUCGACUUCCAGACCUGGAAGGUCAAGGUACCAACAGAGAUGAUGGAAUGGCCUCUCCAGGGGCUUCGUCGUGUCAGCGUCAAUUGCUUUGGCUUUGGCGGCACUAAUGCCCAUGUCAUCAUGGAUGAGGCCCCCAAAUACAUGUCAGCCCGUGGGCUCAAGGGCAACCACAACUCCCUCGUCACCAGCUCAGCGAAUUCCUCAACUUCCGAGUACAGUCCUGACACUGGCUUUGGUCCCCAGGUCUUUUGUUUCUCAUCUCAUGAGAAAUCUGGUCUUCGCCGGGUCAUAGAGUCUCACCUCCCUUACCUGAGCUCCCAAGUGGGAAACGACCCCGACUUCCUUCGCAACUAUGCCUACACACUUGGUUCACGUCGCUCUAACCUCGAAUGGAAGUAUACUCGUGUUUCCUGGUCCCGGGAGGAACUCAUUAAGAAGCUUCAAAGCAUCAAUGAGGCCGAUUUCAUCCGAUCUCCGAAGAACAAGAACCUCAAGAUCUGCUUCCUCUUCUGUGGCCAAGGCGCACAGUUUGCGCAGAUGGGAAAAGACCUUUUGCCCUUUGAGGCAUUCCGCGACAGUCUGGAGGCCGCCUCUUUGUACAUGAAGAAUCUCGGAAGUCCCUUUGAUCUUCUCGAAGAGAUACUCCAGGACGAAGGCGAAAGCCGCAUCUCUGAUCCUCGGAUCGCCCAGCCGGCAACCACUGCUCUGCAAGUCGCACUCGUUGAGCUCUUGGACUCAUUUCUCAUUACCCCCAAUUGCGUCGUGGGCCAUUCUUCAGGAGAAGUGGCAGCAGCCUACGCUUCAGGGGCUCUCACCAAAGAAGCCGCUUGGGAAGUUGCCUAUUACCGCGGCGUAGUGGCCUCUUCCAUCAAUCUCAAGGCCCCUCAGCUUCAGGGCGCCAUGAUGGUCGUCGGUCUUUCCGUACUCGAUGUUGAAACUCACUUCAGAACCACAUCUUACCAAUGCGAGGUUGCAUGCAUCAACAGCCCUCGCUCCACGACGCUGUCUGGGACAAGGGACUGCAUCCUGCGGGCCAAAGACGACUUUUCGGCCAAGAACAUCUUUUGCCAAAUCCUCUCGGUCCAAGUUGCCUACCAUUCUUCUCACAUGAAGUUGGUCGAGAGCGAGUACAAAUCGGCACUGGCACUAGUCACUCCUCGAGAGCAUCCCAGGGGGGUGAGGAUGUUUUCUUCAGUCACCGGGGCGCCCAUUGAGGGCUCUGGUCUUGGUAAACACUACUGGGCUGAGAACUUGGUGUCUCCAGUCAACUUUCUGGGCGCCAUGGAAUCAAUGUUGAAGCUACCGGCAGAGGAACGCCCGGAUGCGAUCCUCGAGCUCAGUCCUGCCGCGGCUCUGCGUUCCCCAACUCUGGACAUUGUGUCGAGCAUUGACAGCAAGUUUGGGCCACCUUAUUGCUCAGUCUUGCCAGGAAAGGGGAUACCCGAAGCCAUGUCCCUUCUCCGUGCCAUCGGUGGGCUCUGGGCUCUGGGUUGUUCCAUCAGCAUGAAGGAGGUUGUUUCUCGAGGGUCUUAUCAGGUCCCGCUCAAGUGUCUGGCAGAUCUUCCUCCUUAUCCUUGGAACCACACCAAGUCUUACUGGCAUGAGUCACACCUCGGACAGGCCAACAGAUUCAGGGAGUUCCCACGGCAGGAUCUAAUCGGCGCCCCCACGGCGGAUGCCAUCUCAUUCGAACCUCGCUGGCGCGGAUUUCUUCGCAUCUCGGAGAACCCCUGGAUUCAGGAUCACCGAGUGCAAAAGACCAUCAUCUACCCUGCUGCCGGCAUGGUUACAAUGGUCCUAGAGGGCAUCCGCCAGCUGAUCAAGGAUGAUGAGAGACUCUUUGGGUACGAGAUCACCGACAUGCGGAUCGACAAGGCCAUGAUUAUUCCAAGCACAGCGCACGGGCUAGAGACGGCUCUGAACUUCAAGCGCGCAUCUCCCGUUGCAGUUGAUCAGAAGAACAGUCCCUAUUUCGAAUUUUCCAUCUACUCGAAGCCACUUGACGCUCCAUGGGAACAGCAUGCCACUGGUUUGAUCCAAGCUCGGUACCAACAGGGUGAGUGGAAGGCCACUUUCGGCCAGCAUCAGAAAAGGUACGAUUCUGUCAAAGCUACAUGUGGGAAGCCCAUUGUUCCACGACAGCUCUAUGAACUUCUCGACACUGUCGGCAUGAACUAUGGCACAUUGUUCCAGAACAUUACAGAGAUACGCAAGGGCGACCAUGGCUGCGUGAGCCAGGUCCGCGUCCCCGACACAAAGUCGAAGAUGCCAGCCAAGUUUGAAUACGACCAUCUGAUCCAUCCAGCUACUCUCGACUCCAUGUUUCAGACUCUUUUUGCCAUCGACAACGAGCCGAUGGUACCGACGUACAUCAAGAGCAUCUUUGUGUCAUCAGACAUCUCUCGAGACCAGGGCAAUACGUUCGCCGGAUACGCGACUGCGACACGGAGUGGCAUUCGCGACGCAAAUGCAGACAUUUCCAUGGCGCAAUCCUGCUGGACGAGGCCUUCUGUCGUCAUCAAUGGUCUUCACUUGACAAGAAUUUCCAGUCCAGCCCCUAUUCAAGGAGAAUUCUUAUCCAACCAUCGCACCCUCUGCACUCACGUCGUGUGGAAAAGGGAUAUCACGAUGGUAAGAGACCUAACCUCGGUCGAACACCUUAUCAUGGGGAUCGCAUACAAGUACCCAGAACUCUCCAUACUCCAAGUUGGUGGCAGCACGUGUAUUGCAAAGAAGGUUGCAAACAGUUGCUGGCUCGCUGGAGAUCUUGAGGUGCAGACACACAGCAAUGAGGACUGGGAUUACAUUGUUGACCGAGAGAAACCAUGGCUGUCUCGCUUUUCCCUGGCUCAGAUCUCUGAAAACGACGACUUACUAGGCUUUCUUUCCACUUCCGAGGGACGUAACUUGAAGGGACUCGUCGAGAAGAGAUCUAUCAAUGGCUCUGGGCCUAUGCCGAAGUAUGAUCUGAUCAUUGUCUGCAAUCGAGACGGUGUCGACAUUUCUAGCCUUUUCAAGCACCUCAAACAGCCUGGGUUUCUUCUGGAAGCUUGCAGUGAGACCACGACAGGGCUCAUUGAAGAAGAGGUGCUCUCUUUUGAAAACAUUGGGCAUUUAAAAUUUCGAGUGCAUCGUCAUGAUCCUGCUUUCAAGCCAGACACUGCGACUCAUGUCAUCGUUCUGCUGCCCACGGAGCCUCAACCAGAAGCCACAUCGUUCACUGUUCGAUUAGGCAUCAGACAUCCUUGGUGGGAGAUUCAGCCUAUGCAUCUCUCUGAGGUGCUUGAGGACCCUGCGAGAGUUAAGGGCAAGUUGGUCAUGUCCUUACUUGACUUUGCCUUGGGCGAGGCCAAAGACGCCUCGGUGUUUCACUGGAACGAAGAUGGCUUCAAAGCUUUCCAUUCCCUCCAAAAGAACGCCAAGGGGAUCCUCUGGGUCACUCGCGGCGCAACUGUGUCGGGCAAGAACCCCAAAGGUGCCCCUAUCGUCGCCCUGAGUCGCACCUUGGUCUCCGAGGACCCCCUCAAGAUCAUCGUGACGUUUGACCUUGAUAUAGGAACGUCCCUGAACUCUGACCGUGUGAUCAGCUAUAUUUAUCCUAUCUUCGCCCGGUCGUUCAAAACGGAUAAAGGCCCAUUCCCUCGUGAGUUGGAGUAUGCCGAACGAGGGGGCUUCGUCUUUGUCCCACGUCUGAGCCCCCUCCAUCCGCUCAACAACAUUGUCGAGAAUGGUAUUUCGACUCGAGUUCUCAAGGUACAUUUUCAUUCGCACCAGCGUCAUCUCAAGCUACACAUUGAGCGCCCGGGCCUCGGUGGCGAUGACAUGAACUUCGUUCCUGGUGACACAUUCAACACCAAACCCGGCGACGUCGAGAUCGUAUUCAACAGUGCUACCCUCAACCAUGCCGACUUGGAGACUGUCAUAGGAAGAACUGUUGACUCGGUGGUAGGAGCUAAUUUCCGCGGCACCAUUACCCGAAUGGGCCGCGACGUGUCUGGAUUGCUGCCAGGUGAUCGUGUCAGUGCUCUUGCGGUUGAUGGCUCCUUGCAGAACACGAUGCAGAUCGACAGCCGCUUCGUCAGAAAGUGGCCAUAUGGUCUACCUCUAAGCCAAUGCGUCAGCGCUUAUCAUUCACUUGUGAAGGUGGGACGACUAGGUCAGGGCAAGACGGUCCUUGUCCACACUGGAGCCAGCUCGUUCGGCUUGGCUGCAAUCGCUGUGGCAUCUCCACUGUGGAUUGAAGUCUUUGCAACCAUCAAGAAGCCAGAUUUGGGUCUCCAACGAACUGCUCUGAGACGUCUGGGUCUAAAGAAUGAUCACAUCAUUGAGGCGGACUCGGAUGGCUUUGUCAAUGUUGUUUGCGACCGCACGGGAGGCAAGGGCGUGGACCUUGUUUACAACUCGACUCAAGACCACGUUGAGGCCAACUUCAAGUGCGUCCGCAGAGGUGGCACCAUCGUUCAGUUUGCAAGCAGGUCAUCUUGCCCACCUCCUAUCCGAGUCACGUCAACUUCUACCUCGUUUAUCAGCUUUGAUUUGGCGAACCUGCUAAAGGACGACGCAGAUUACGUCUCUGAGCUCCUCGAUGAGCUUGUUAAUCUCGCAGGGCUUAACGAGGAAAAGUUUGCUGUGAGCAAAGAUCUCAUCAGGUGGGUUGAGCUGCCCAAUCUCAAGCAGGCAUUCGAGCUUGUUGAGAAGAGCCCAUAUCUUGGCCUUGUUGCAGUCACUGGAGGCCCUAGAUCCAACCCGCUUGUGCCCGUUCGAGCUCCCAAGCCCGUCAAGUCUCUUCGCGAGGCCCUUUGCAGCAAGUCUACAUACCUUCUAGCAGGGGGGUUGGGUGGGCUUGGCCGCAGUAUCUGCGAACUGCUGAUCAACAACGGGGCAGAGCAUAUCGCCUUUUUGUCACGUUCCGGUGCCUCGUCUGAGGCUUCUCGCCUCUUCAUUGAGGACCUCAACGAGAAGGGUAUCCACGUGCAAGUCUACCAGGUCGACAUUUGCGAUGCAGAAGCUCUAGAGAAGGUGAUCGGGUACGACGUCUUGCUGGACAUGCCCCCCAUCAAAGGCGUCUUCCAAUGUGCUGCCGUCAUCAAAGAUGCCGUCUUCGAGAACAUGACUUACUCGGAUUGGAAUGCCGCAUUCAGACCCAAGGCGAUCGGUUCUGACAAUCUUGUUCGAGUCAUCUCAGCUCAUACGGAGAAUCCCUUCUUCAUCUUUCUUUCCAGCUCGGCGGGAGUCAUCGGCAACCGAGGCCAGGCAAACUAUGCCGCUGGAAAUUGUUUCCAAGACGCUCUCGCUUGCAGCUACCGAUCCGAAGGCAAGCAUGCAGUUUCUAUCGACCUUGGGCCGGUCCUUGGCGCGGGAAUGCUCACAGAGGAUGACGAGAUCCUCAACAAGCUCCGAGCCAGUGGCUUCUACGGAAUUCGACACCAAGACUUCCUCACCGUGAUGGCACACGCAAUCACCAUGGAGGUUACUCCUACGACUGCGAUGCCUCCUCAAGUCAUUAUGGGCAUCGGAACUGGUGGUCUCAUCCGACAGAACCAGCCAGCUGACCCAUACUGGACCCGGACUGCCCUCUACAGCCAUCUCAACCAGGUUGACAUGCCACCUCCUGACCUGACGGCGGUGGAUGACUCCGAGAAGGCCGACAUGAGAUCCUUGCUCUCUCGCUGCGCCAAUACGGAAGCGGCUGCUCAGAUCGUCACGACAGGCCUCUCUCAGAUGCUGGCCAAGGCCAUGAACAUGCUUCCCGAGGAGAUUGACACCGGAAAGCCACCCAAUGUGUACGGAGUCGACUCGCUUGUUGCUGUUGGAGUCCGCAACUGGGUUGUGACCAACUGCGAAGUCGAAGUGUCGGUAUUUGAAGUCCUAAGCGACAAGACAAUUGCCGGGCUGGGCGCAGAAGUUGCCAUGAGAGGUGGUUUUGGGCUGGACAAGAACUGA